UAAAAUAGUGCCAAAUGUCUUUUCUACAGUAACUCCCAUUUCCCGGUACCCAUUUCCCCUAUACCCAUUUCUUCAAUCUUUCUCCAUCGGCAGUUUGAUCCAUUUCCCCCUCUCCCGAUAAUGUGCGAGGACUCUCUUCAUCUUCGGUGACGACCUUCCACUUUAUUCCAUCGACAUCUUUCAUCUCGACAGUCGUUCACCCUGUUCCAGCCCUCCAUCGACAACUUUCUUCUCAACCCCACUUUCUAACUCAAGGACACGGGAUGAGUCUCACAGUUCACUGAAACCGUAAGGUGUUUUAGCUGCCCAACCGAACAAUACCCAUCAUCAAAAGAAGCUCAGAUUUGGGUCCAAUGGUGAGUUUAAGAUACAACAAGUGGACUUUCUGUGGUGGAAAUUUACAUUGAACAAUACCCAUCAACCGACUUAUUUACAGUGAAAAGCACAGGUGGAAAUUUAGAAGACUCUGACUUGGGGAUAAGCAAAAGGGGUCUAAAACAGCUGCAUGAGAUGUUUAAUUCAGAAGGAGCAAUGCAGUGCCUAAGUUGAGAUGUUUAAUCCAACAACUUGAAAUCAAAGAGCAUGGAUAUCCUAGGAUCGUCUCCUUUUGAUAAGCCAUCCACAUAUUCUGAAAGUUUAGGUCCACUUUCAAAGCUUGACUCCCAUAGCAAUUCAUAUGCAUUUGAAUCUUCAAUGAGUUCAGUUUCUGAUAGUAUCGUGAGUGACCUGCCAAAACCAUCUGUAUAUGAAAAUGGCAUGGAGAGGAAACAUGAUUUUUACUUACCUAAGCAUAAUGAAGACUUUACAGCUCUGGAACAGCAUAUUGAGGAUUUGACACAAGAAAAAUUCUCCUUGCAACGUGCACUUGAGGCCUCUCGCGCUUUAGCAGAGUCACUGGCUUCUGAAAAUUCUUCUCUUACAGACACAUAUAACCAACAGGCACUUAGACUGAGAUCUAGUGAGCUAAAGCUUGAGAGGCAAUUGGAGAACUCACAAGCUGAAAUCUCUUCAUACGAAAAGAAAUUGUCUAGCAUAGAGAGGGAUCGUAUGGACUUGCGGUCAACUAUUGAUGCUCUUCAAGAAGAGAAAAAGCUGUUGCAGUCCAAGUUACGCAAAGCUUCCACUGGUGGAAAAUCCAUUGAUGUUACCCAGAGUAGUACACAUAAGAAAGAUGAAUCUACUUCUACCGAAGAUUUAGAAAAUGAAGAUACCAUUACCAAUACCUCGAAUCAGGAAGUGCGGGAUACAUCUUUUAUUGGAAUUGAUGCCUCCAAUUUUUCAAUGUUGCCUGACAAUGGCUAUUCAAAUAUACCUCCUGAUCAGAUGAGAAUGAUUCAAAACAUUAAUGCAUUAAUUGUAGAGUUGGCUAUGGAGAAGGAAGAGUUGGUUCAAACUUUGGCAUCUGAGUCAUCUCAUUGUUCUCAGUUGAAGGAGUUGAACUAUGAGUUGACCCGAAAACUUGAAGCUCAGACUCAGAGAUUAGAGUUUUUGACUGCUCGAAGUAUGGCUAAUGAGACUAUCUCUGCAAGACAACCUGAUUCUCAGGAUGUCCGUGAGAACAUUCAAUAUGCUGAUGAAGGUGACGAGUAUGGAAGAGGCAAAAAGAAAAUUUAUGCUUGUAGCACAACAACUUGCACAGGCUUUCAAGCUGUAAUGACCGAAGAAGAGUCAGAGAAGUUUAAUGGAACUGGUGUAGUGCUAUGAAUGUAUGGCCUGCCCUUAUUGUUGAGACAAGGAAUGCUUUCAGGGCUUUAUACAGGGCAUUCUAACAUCAUCUGAACAGGUUGAUAUAACCAUGUUAGAAGACGAACUACCAACAAAAAGAUGACUUUCAUCCGCCCUUGUCAAGGUAUAAAGAAGAAAGUCUUCUGUUGUGCUUUAGAAUUAUGCACGAACUACCAACAAAAAGAUGACUUUCAUCAGCCCUUGUCAAGAUAUGCCGAGGGCACGAUGACAGGUGGCUUCCAACGAACCGGACGAUGCUCCUUUACUGGCAUCCGAACUGGUGUCGCGCGUGUCCGAAAACAAACUGAAGAACAUUGUGGAUCACUAUCGUGUCCCUCCAGAGUACGCGUUAUAUAUUCCUCAGGAGACAUGCUGGGCUGACUGUCCUAGGCCCGGUUUCGUGGCCCUCAGCGAGCACAUCCUUAAGGCGGGUGGUACCAUCCCGUUACACCCGUUCUUUGUUGCGGUCCUCAACUACUUGGACCUUGCCCCGCUUCAGCUGGCACCCAAUUGCUGGCUGAUUUUAAGCUGCCUCUUCGUUGCAUUUACAAAGCUAUUGAAACGCGCUCCUACAGCGACAGAGGUGCAUUUCCUCUACAACCUCAUGCCCCUUCCCAAGUCAAAGGGCUUUUACUAUUUACAAAAAGCCAACAACGAGGCCUCUUUGAUAGAGGGCUCGGUGUCCAACCCGGGGUCCUGGAAGCAGGACUUUUUCUUCGUGGAAGGCCCCCUCUCUGUCCGCGAGGACUUCCGGGCCACCCCCAAGCAAUUCGCCGAACCCACAGUUGUCGGGUCGGAAGCGAGAGACAUGAGAAAGUUCCUCAGCGCUGACCCCGCUACGAAAAAGGCGGUGUGCCUAUUCACCGUGAAUAAUCUGCACCACCAUAAAUUGUCCCCUGUCUGGGACCCCAAGUUGUUGUGGACCAUCUCUGGGUCUAAGAAGAUGAAGGGGGUAUUGUCCGAGCCUUGCCCAGAUGACGAUGAGGCUGAGGAAGAGACGGAGGAAGCCCCCUUGACCGCGGGGGGACCUCACCAGCUGCCUCCAUCUCCUGGGGGAUGCCCUCCAUGUGCCUCUUAUGAUCCGGACAUAGCCCCUAAUUUUCAAGACCAGCAGGUCAUUCCAGGGUGUUUUGUUUGUCUUGACCCUGAGGGCUACGAUGCUUUCACUCAGGCUCCUCUCGACCCUGGACCAUCGGGGACUUAUUUCGCCGAUCUUCCGGACCUCUGAUAUACCGGGGCCUCACUUUUCCACUUUCACCGCGCCCCCUCCCGUUUCGGCGAGCGGGUCGUUCGUCCUCACCCAGCCAGGUGCCCCUGGUGUGGAUGGGGAGCCCUGGGUGACUUGGAUGGCGACGUCUUACGGGCAGCGAUACAUCCAACUUGCCUUGGGCCUCCCCGUAUCUGACUGGAACGGUCUUGGGAAUGUUGCUCUGUCGGACCGUGGGGAAAACCUAAGGCGCACCAUGACUUGGGUGAAUUCAUGCACCUCGCGUCGGCCCUAUUAUGUAUAGAUGUACAUGCAUAUAUUUUUUUGUUUUUGUUACUUAUUGUUGUUGUUGUUAACUUUCUUGUGCAAGCCUAUACUGUGGCUCUGUGGUUUGCCGACUCGGCUGGCAAUCUCUCCGCGUCGUGCACCGAGAGGGACCAUCUCGCAGCAUGGGCUUAGGAGCUCGAGAGAGAGCUUAAUGAAACCACGGAUAAAUUGACAAGGGUUCGGACCAAACUUGCCAACUCAUUAAAAAAGAGGAAGAAAGCGAUUGCCAAGGCCUCGAAGCUGCAGGACACGGUUACCAAGCUAGAGAACGAGCUCCAGGGUGCCCAGGCUACCGCGGCUGCUGCCCAGGCGAGGGUCUCUUCCCUAGAGAUUGAUCUUGAAGCUGCUAGAGCUGAGGUUGCUGCGUCGCAGGAGAGGGUUGCCUCUUUAGAAGCGGAGAGGGCGACUACUGAGCAUAGGUCUAUAGAGCGCGCCCUCUAUGGCGUAUGGAGGUAGGACCUCAAUUUUGACUUCUCCUCCUUUGGCGAGUAUGCCGUGACCCGGGUAGCUGGGUGGAGCACCUGGGGCAGGAGGCCCUGAGGUUGCUAUUUCAUUACCUCUGCCAGCCGGUUAUAGAUGUAUGCUCGUUUGAGCCGUUGUAAUAUUAUC